AUGAUGAAAUUCACUAUCAUUAAUGUUUCAGUGUCUAUUCUGGCUGUUGCAAAAGCUGUUGUUGCGGCAACUCCAGCAGAGUGGCGUUCGCAAUCGAUAUAUUUCCUUCUCACGGACAGAGAUUUUGCGGUGGGACCUGGCAAGGAAUCAUCAAGAAGGUACCCUUCAGAGCCCUUCCUGUCUCAGAUUGGGACCUUGCCUAACACGUUUUGGAAGCUUGAUUACAUCCAGAAAAUGGGGUUUACUGCUAUAUGGAUUACUCCUGUGACAAAACAGUUCCCCGAGAGAUCGGGGUAUGGAGAGGCGUUCCAUGGAUAUUGGCAACAAGAUUUGUAUGCCGUGGAGCCCCAUCUUGGGUCUGCAGACGAUCUCAGGGUAUUGAGCGCAGCACUACAUGAACGUGGGAUGUAUCUCAUGGUCGACGUAGUAGCGAACCAUAUGGGCUAUCCUGGCUCCAGCAGCAGUAUGGAUUAUAGUCGAUAUGUCCCGUUUAAUAACUAUAUCUAUUUUCACCCUUAUUGCCCCAUCACCGAUUACAACAAUCAACCUAUGGUUGAACAUUUGGGUGAUAUUCCCGAAUACCUUCCGUUUCGCCCUCUACUUGUUCUUGCUGUUCAAAAUACCCUAGUCUUGGAACUAACAAUUACUGCAGUCGACGGUCUUCGAAUCGACACUGCGAAGCAUGUACGGAAGCCAUUCUGGAAGGAGUUCAAUUUCGCCGCAGGAGUAUAUUCCAUGGGUGAAGUGUAUCAUGGUGACCCAGGUUACGCCUGUGACUACCAGAACUAUAUCGAUGGUUUAGUGAAUUACCCAAUGUAUGGUCACGGAUACAUUGCCAAUGGCUAUUACCCUCUCAUUGAAGCCUUUAAAUCACCAAGCGGCAAUAUGGCAAACCUAUACAAUAUGAUCAAUACAGUGAAGGACAAUUGUCCAGAUUCCACACUAAUAGGCACCUUCUCAGAGAAUCACGACACUCCAAGGUUCGCAAAUUAUACCAACGACUUGUCUCUCGCUAAAAGUGUCCUGGUCUUCACGAUCCUCGCAGAUGGAAUUCCCAUAGUCUAUGCUGGCCAAGAACAGCACUAUUCGGGCGGGAAUGAUCCAUACAACCGUGAAGCAACCUGGCUGUCGGGCUAUAACACUGAAAGUCCUCUAUUCAAGCUCACGGCAAAAGCCAAUAGAAUCCGGAAGAAAGCCAUUGCAGACGAUGCCAACUAUCUUACAUAUAAAAACUAUCCCAUCUACCAAGACCAAAACACCAUUGCGAUGCGCAAAGGUUUCGAUGGCAAACAAAUUAUCACUGUACUCUCUAACCUUGGCUCUGGCGGGGCUUCUUACACGUUGCAGCUGGGUGGCACGGGCUAUCCGGCCGGCAUGCGGGUUACCGAUAUUUACACGUGCACGUCUUCUGUGGUGGCUUCUAAUGGGCAGCUACCAGUGCCGAUGGGUGCGGGCGAGCCGAGGAUCCUGUACCCAAAAAAGGAGUAUGAAUGA